UUCUAGAACCAUGCCCGAUCUCUUCUACGGACAAUAGACGUCUCACCCUAUCCACAGGCUAAUAGAGAAGAGACUUUGGCAACAGAAGUGAUAGAAAUUGGGAGGUCUUUCAUCAAUAAUACAUUAAUACCUCCAUCCCCCAUCUCUUGCCGGUAGACAUGGCUACCGCCGCUGCCGCACUCCAAAUCUCCAGCUCUCUUUUCACUUCCGUCAUCGAUACUACAACUAUCUCACAGCCUGUGAAGCUCUGUAUCAGCUCUCCAUUUAAGACUUUGAGCGUAGCUCGGUUUGGAACUUCCUUUGCAUCUGGUUCCGCUCUUGUAUUAAAGACCUCUUAUCGAACUAAACCUGCCAGUAGAAGAGCAUUGGUUACAGUAAGAUGCGAGCAGAGUACCAAUGAAAGCAGUGGUUUGGACAUUUGGCUCGGUCGAUUUGCGAUGAUCGGAUUUGCUGCUGCUGUUGGUGUUGAAAUAUACACUGGCAAAGGAUUACUUGAGAACUUUGGGCUAACAAGUCCCUUGCCAACAGCUGCCCUUGCAGUUACAACAUUGGUGGGCGUUCUUACUACAGUUUUCAUUUUCCAAUCUGCUUUUAAGAGCUGAUUACUUGGUUUACAUGUGUUUUAUAGUAAAGUGAAAUUCUCAUGACACAUUCUUAAUUAAAUACAACUCCUAUCAUCACAUAAGUGUAUCAUGGCAGAAACACCAGUAAGCAGUUACCUGGUAUGGCGGAAGGCAGAGAGUGAACUUGCCAAGUAGACGCUUUUCAUUCUUCAUUCCCCUCAGAAUAACCUGGUUUACUAUUGUUUUCACCAGAAACAAGUUUUCAUGUAUAUAUGGGGGGCAGCCAUGGACGCAGCCCCAAAGUACAGCACCCCAAAACCAAGUUCAG